CUCUUGUUAACUGGGGGAGGCAGAUUUAAUUUUGUGCAUUUACUCCUCUCCCCCUCUCUCUUUCUCUCCUCACCUCAAACUUCUUUUGUUGUUGCCCUCCUCAACUCUGCAAGCACUACAAAGUUUCCUAACUGACAUACUUUUUGGUGCUUAAUUUUCUUCACAAACCAAGAACAGAGAUGGAAUCUCUCGUUAUUUCUGCAGUUGAGGGGAUCGCAAAGAAGGUGCUUCCACUUGCUGUUGAAGGGGCUACCCUUGCUUGGGGUUUCAAAGAAGAGCUUGAAAGCCUCAGCAAAAGGUUUGAAACUGCCCAGAUUUUAUUAAAUGAUGCUGAAAAACAGCAAAAGAUGGGGACACCAACGGUGCAGAAUUGGCUGAAGAAACUCAAGGUGGUGACGUGUGAAGCUGAUGACAUUCUGGAUGAGUAUGCAUAUGAAGUUUGUCGAAGGAAGUUGGAGGUACAAAACAGAAUUAGGAAUAAGGUACUCAACUUCUUUUCCCUCUCAAACCCGUUGGCGUUUCGUCUCAAGAUGGCUUAUAAGGUCAAGAAUAUCCAUCAAUCACUAGAUAAACUUUACAAAAGUGCAACUGGUGAACUUGGUCUUAGCCCAGUAAAGUUAACAAGUAGCAGUUCUGUAGAAGCUCCCACAGUUGUGCAGACUCACCCCUAUAUUAGUGAAUCUGAAAUUGUAGGAAGAGGUGAUGAUGUAACAAAAGUAGUAGAGAUGUUACAAAGCUCCGAAAGCAACGAUCAGAAUUAUAUCCCUGUAACUGCGGUUGUAGGGAUGGGAGGGCUAGGCAAGACUUCCCUUGCUCAGCUGGUUUUCAAUAAUCCGGAGGUGGUGAAGAGUUUUAGUGAUCAUAGAAUGUGGAUUUGUGUGUCUGAUGAUUUUCGAGUCGAAAUGAUACUGAAUCAAAUGGAAUUAUCUCUUGGUGGAACUAAACUGGAUGAGUCAAAUACUCAAGGAAUGGUCCAAAAGCUUAAAGAAAAGCUCGGUGGGAAAAGGUAUUUGCUGGUGCUUGACGAUGUGUGGAAUGAGAUCCCUGAAAAAUGGGAAACACUCUUAAGUGCUUUGAUUGGAAUAAGUGGUGAUAAGGGAAGCCGAAUUCUAGUCACGACUCGCAAUUAUAAAGUUGUGAAUGCCCUGCAAAAUUUUUCUGUUUACCCUUUAAGUAAACUAUCACCUGAUGAUAGUUGGACAAUGUUUUGUAAAAGAGCAUUUGCUGCCGGAGGGCCAAGAAAAACUUCAUAUUUGGAGGAGGUUGGUAAAAAGAUUGUGGAAAGGUGUGGGGGUGUGCCGCUGGCUGUAAAGGCAAUAGGAGGUUUGAUGUACUCAAAGAAGCUUGAACAUGAGUGGUUGAAAAUCCAGGAGGAGAGUGGAUUAUGGAAUUCACUUGGAAGUGACAAUAAUGUGGAAAGUGCUUUAUUAUUGAGUUUUAAUCACUUACCCUCAGCAUCUUUGAAACAGUGUUUUGCAUAUUGUUCACUUUUUCAAAAGGAUGAUAAUAUUGUAAAGGAUGACUUAAUCCAGCGCUGGAUGGCCCAAGGGUAUCUUCAGCCCCCUCAAGAAAGUAAUCGGUCGAUGGAGGAUAUAGGUAAUGAUUAUUUCUGUGUGUUGUUGUGGAACUCUUUAUUACAAGAUGUCAAAAAGGAUGGGUACGGAAAUAUAAAAAGCUGCAAGAUGCAUGAUCUUGUACAUGAUCUUGCACUCCGUGUCUCAAAUAAUUACUACUGCAUAACUUCAAGGUCUAGAGAGGUGAACGAUGUUCCUGAGGUCCUCCAUUUAUCAUUGUUUUCUGGGACAGGGGAAGGCAUAAGCAUUCCAAAAGUAAGAGCUCGAAGACUGAGAACCUUGCGUUUAUCAGGCGAUCUCCUCCACUGUGAAUUGAGGAAAUUUAAGGGCUUACGUGAAAUUAACUUGAUUGGCUUUGGCACUGAAAAUUUGCCAGAGUCAAUUGGCAAGCUGAAACAUUUAAGGUAUCUCAAUGUUUCAAAGACACUAAUCAACAGGUUGCCUGAUUCUCUGUGUAAGCUCUAUAAUUUGCAGACUUUGAAUGUGUCAAGAAGCAGUGAAUUUAAGGAGCUUCCAACAGAUUUUUGCAAGUUGAUCAGUUUGAGACAUCUUUACUUAAAAUCUCCAAUUUCAUUGCCCAUAGGAAUACGACAAUUAACGUCUCUUCAAACAUUACCAUUUUUUGUUGUGGGACAAGACGAAGGGCACCGAAUUGAAGAGCUGGGAUUCUUAACCAACCUCAGAGGCGAAUUAGGGAUUUGCGGACUUGAGAAUGUGGCAAACAGAGCAGAAGCACAGAAAGCAAAUUUGUCAUGCAAGCCAUACAUUCAGGUGCUAAGUUUUAACUGGAGCUAUCGAAGAGAAAAAAAGAUUAACAGUGACGAAGAUGUGUUGGAAGGCCUUCUACCACACAACAGUUUAAAAGGCUUACGCAUUACGCGCUUUGAGGGCGAAAAUUUUUCAUCAUGGAUGAUGACACCAAGUCCCACGUUGGUGCUUUGUAAUUUGGUCAAGAUAAACUUGAUGAACUGCAACAAAUGCAAACAAGUUCCCUCACUGGGGCACCUUCCUUGUCUUGAGGAGGUUGUGAUAGAUGAGAUGAAGAACUUGGAAUGUAUUGGUGCUGAGUUCUAUGGUCCUAUUAGUGAAGGCGCAGCUGUAUUUCCAUCAUUAAGAGUGCUCAUCCUAAGACGUGUACUCAACCUAGUGAAAUGGAUGGGUGUAGAUGAGUGUGCUGCAUCCGUUUUUCCUUGCCUUGAGGUGUUGAAGAUGGAACAAUGUGGGAAGUUGAUUACUGCUCCAAGUCAUUUCCCAUCAAUUAAGGAAUUGAUAAUUUUUUCUUCCAGAAGCCAGGCAUUAGAAAAGAUGAGCAGCACAAUUACCACACUAGAGCACGUGCAAUUCAAUAAAGCCUCAGGGCCAGAGCUCAAUUUGGUACUCGAACGAAUGCUGGUAAAAAACAAAUUUCUAAGAAAAUUUUCAAUUGCUCUUUGCCAUGACUUGUCAUUCUUGCCCAGUGGGCUAGGAAAUCUUUCGUAUCUCUCAGAAGCUAGUCUGCGGUACUGCUCUAGUCUGACGUGUUUUCCAAGUGGGCUGUACCUCCCUGUAUCUCUUGAGAAUUUACAGAUAGAUCAUUGCCCUAAACUAAUGGUGGCCAACCUUGUUCCUAGCAAGCCCAUGUCCCUCAAGAAGCUUACAUUGAAUGGCUUUGAGACAUUGACAAUUGACUGGACCAGGUUCCUGCUCUCUCUCACUGGCCUUAGAAGUUUGGUAAUUGGUGAUUUCUCAACUGAGCUUGAUUAUUUCCCCUGGCCUGAUCCUUUUGUUGCUGCUGCUGGAGAGAAAGAGGAUGAAGAUGAAGCCAUCACCCAACAACGAAACCACCUUCCGUACCCAUUGGUUUCCCUGGAGUCCCUGAAGUUAGUAGGGUGGGAAAGUGUCAAGUCUCUGCCAGAGCACCUUCAGCAUCUCACUGCCUUAAAAGCGUUGGAACUGGAAGAUUUUCAUGGGUUGGAAUCUCUGUCUGAGUGGCUGGGAAACCUUUCCUCUCUUCAGUCUCUCUCUAUUCGUUAUGCAGAUAAACUGAUGAAACUGCCCGAAGCAGAAGUAAUGCAACGCCUCACCAAGUUACGCUCUUUGGUUUUUUAUGAUUGUCCGCUUCUCAAGGAAAGAUGCAAGAAGGAAAUCGGCCCGGAGUGGCACAAGAUCCGCCAUAUUCCAUCAAUCAGGAUAGAUCACGAAGAACUUCAAUCGCAAGAUCAAUUACUAUCAAAUUGAUUAUGGAGAAAUAACCGCAAUCCAACCUUUUCUACUUGGACUUUUGAGUCAUUACUGGAUUCGCUGCCGGCCCUAUUGCUCAUGUUAUUGAAGGUGUGAAUUCUGCUGAUUAUGCUUAGUCAAGUGGAAAUCUGGAUGGCCUCUGUCUCCUGCACUCUGGCUUCCUGCUUCCCUGUGCUUCAUCUGCUCUUGUUUCUGGUGGUUGCUCCUGUUGUCUGUUGCUGCUCCUUUUGAUCUUCUUUAUUUGAUGGUUUUUUGCUUUGCCCUUGCUUUCAUCUGGAUAUUCUGUCACAUUUUCCUUAUUGCUAGCUGCUUGUUUCUGCUUCAUUAGUUUCCUGGGCUAUGCCCUCCCUAAAUAAUCUUGCACUUCCAGUUUUUCUUUCUGCUGCAGAAAACAUACACUGAUGUGAGUUAUGCAUCGGUUGUGCGAUUCGAAAUUUGAAGUAUGAUUAUAGAUUGUUUAGAAUGCCUCCAUAGGCAGAAUUAACUUUU